AGAUUACUCUACACGAGUCACGAUAGGAGGAAGACUGGAAGAGGAGGCGAGCACGUUUGCGGUGCCCACCCUCACCGUCCACUCCAGAACCCCAAAUCCAGUUCCGUUCCAAUCGCCGAGAAGGGCAGCAAAGGGGAGAAAAAAAAAGGAAAUCUAUGGCGGCGGCCGGCGGCGAGAACAGCGGCGCUGGCGAGGGCGAGGGCGAGUUCUACCUGCGCUACUACGUGGGACACAAGGGCAAGUUCGGGCACGAGUUCCUCGAGUUCGAGUUCCGCCCCGACGGCAAGCUCCGCUACGCCAACAACUCCAACUACAAGAACGACACCAUGAUCCGCAAGGAGGUCUUCGUCUCGCCCUCCGUCCUCCGCGAGGCCAGGAGGAUCAUCCAGGAGUCCGACAUCAUGAAGGAGGACGACAGCAACUGGCCCGAGCCCGACCGCAUCGGCCGCCAGGAGCUCGAGAUCGUCAUGGGCAACGAGCACAUUUCAUUCACCACUUCCAAGAUCGGCUCCCUCGUCGAUGUCCAGUCCAGCAAGGACCCGGAGGGCCUCCGGAUCUUCUACUACCUUGUCCAGGAUCUGAAGUGUUUCGUGUUCUCGCUCAUCAACCUUCACUUCAAGAUCAAGCCAAUCCAGUCUUGAGCUCCAUCCCAAGCCUUCAUGUAGCUGGUUUGUGAGACUGCGAGUGUUUUGAGAGAGAACCUUUUAACCAUGUAAGAUGAUGUUGAUAUUGUGGACGAUGCGUGCGAUCGGCCCUGUGUGGUGCACUUAGUGGAAGUGGAACCCCCCUUUGCAUUUGUUUUGUGCAAACUGCUGAGUAGUAGUGAACGUGAUAUUUGUGCCUUUU